UGUGGGUGUGGGAAAAUGGUAGUAGUUGAGGAAGAGAUCUAUGCGUGACCACGUGCGAUGCGACGACGCAUGGACACGAUCGUCAUUGUAGGUUUAAGUUAGAUUAUUGAAGUUCGAACAACUCUGCGAGUGAGACUCUCAGUAAGCCUCGGCACGAUCUACCGAAUGGUUAUAAACUUUUCUAUCAUCUGACAGCAACGAAACGUAUCUCAUUAGAUCAUCCUUAUAUUUGAUCGGGAAUCAAUCAAUACGCGAUCAAUUAGAUUUUUUCCCCAAUUAUUUUCUUUAUAAUAAAAUUAUAAAAUACUGUGUUCUACAAAGAAGCUAUAAUUUCUAUAUAUUCAAAGGAAAGAAGAUAAAAAUAAAACAAAACAAAAAAAUAAAAAGAAGUUACAAUUUAUUGGUUUUGGUCACGUAAAAAAUAACAAAUAAAAGAAAAAUAUAAACAUGGCCGUUCAUUUUGACCUGGUGAACAAAAUAGCUUUUGGGAUUAUUGCUAUAUCAGUGGUAUAUUUUAUCGUAAUGGAUGUAUUAUUAUAUUCAAGAGUAAAAAAUUAUCGUAUAAGAGCUAUGACCAACGAUACACCAUAUCAACCAACGAUACCCUGUGAUUUGAAUCCUCUUUGCGCGGUAACGGUGAAAGGAUUAACCCUGGAUCAUCCAAAUCAUUUUCUUCUAAGUCCGUUGGCCGCUUUGAUGGAUAAAAUCUUAGGAAUUAGCCAAUAUUGGAAUUGGUUGACACCAAAUAUGAUUAGUGGUUUUCAUGUGUUGGUUGCUGUUUUGGCAGGUAAAUGUGUAUCGAGCGAAUCCCUAACUCAAAGACGUCUAGGUGCGAUACUAUUUCAAGUGAGAACAUAGCUAGACGAUUUGGACGGCCACGUAGCGAGACAGAGAGCUAAUAUAUCAGGUGAAAGAUCGGACGUUGGUUCACCUGGUUAUUUCGUAGACGGUUUUUGCGAUGCACUUGGAUGCGUUGCUUUGAUAACCGGACUUUAUUACUUUCUUAUUCGCUCUCCACCCAGACGAGGAGGAUAUGAUAAAUUGCAAACUUUACCUUUGACCUCUGUCGUAUUAGAAACGACACAUUACACCCCAUCGUCGUCAUCUUCUUCUUCAAACAUGUCAAUAAGGAACAUCGCACUUCCUAAUAUCCUCCUCAUAAUCGGUCAUCUGAUCGUAGCCAGUGCUGCAUGGAAUCGUUACAUUUGGCUUUACCAAGAUCUUCUGGAUCUGGACAUCGAACCAUUCUCCAUCAAUACAGAACUCCUACAUCUAAGGCAAACCAACAUACUCAGAAGUAACUCGUUUUGGUUUGUUGCUCUAGGAUGGAAAAUGUUAAACGUACAUGCUGCCAUGGAUUAUCUAUUAUUGGCUAUAUUUUUUAAUCGUGUCUGGGAAUAUAUCAAAUUGUUCAGAUGGUCGUCCUACGUUCUUAUAUUUUUAUUAAUAUAUUUAACGGAAUUUCAUUAUCAAUAUGCUUAUGAUUAUAUACACAUGGUACCCAUGAUUCUUGGUAGUUAAAAAUCUUCUUUAAUCGGCCUUAAUAAUCGAUGAGAUUAUCUAUUUAUUUAUCUUAUCUCUCGAUCCAUUUUAUAUUUUGCUGUUUCUUCUUGUCGUUUUUAUUAACAAACUUAUCUUUUGAUAAUUUGACGUUUCAUUGAUACAUUUUUCUCGUUCAUAGUAUCAUAUAAGUAUAGUAUUUACAUAACUGAUAUAAAUAACAUAUAUUUUAAUAAGAAAGAAUACAAAUUGUAUUUUAAUUUUGU